AUGGCGAACAAUGGUGAAAUUGUCCUUGUGCUGCUUGUCCUGGCUUCUAGGCAAGACACCGAGGCCCAGUCUUCUCAGCACAAAACACCGCUCAGAGGUUACUUCAUUCCAUUCGACGUCGUUAAAAAACAGGUACUCGAGGACGCGCCGGAACUACAAGCUCCUAUGGAUAAGGAGCUCACGAGGCUAUCGGUUGGGAUGCUUUGGGGAAGAAGCGGAAUGCCCAUCUCUUCAACGUCUACGAUUGGAUGUCGGCGCAGUCCGCGAAGAUUUGUACGUGUCUUCGAGAGUGUGCUGCGCAGCCCAGGCGCAUCUGUGAGGACGAUACUUGUCCAAUAUAGCUGGGAAGAAGAGGACGUAGGAAAAGUACAGGACUGCACGUGCAUACGAGAAGAUGGAACGACGGAAGCGUACGAUGCGGAAAUGUGGCUGGCGGCUGAGAUGAAGCGGUUUGAUGUGGAGAUCAGAUGGAGCACGGUGGCCGAUGUGGAUACGGGAAGAACGGGUGAAGUUAGAAAGGAAGCCACCAGAAGGUCGUUAUUCGCAGUGUUUGGCUUAGACUUGGACCAGUCCUUCUGGCCAUAUGCGCGACUGAAAAUCCAGUUCUCCCAUUCCAUCCGAAUAGAAUGGAGAGAGGUGGAAGAACGAAAAGUCCCAGAGAAACACAGAAUGAUACGUCCUCACAAACGAUGUGGAAAGGCGAUGCGCGCGGACUCUGCUGUACUAUCUUCUAGCAUCACCAACACCUAUAUCCAGUCCUCCGAGGUGCCAUCGUCUGACAGUUGUUCCCGCCUGGUCGCACCAUUUCCUGGGAGUUCCGGCGAGUUAGGCAUUGUGCCUUUUCUCGUCGAUGGCUGGAGACUAAGGAAGCUUUCCAAGCGGUAUAGCACAUUUUCGAUAGUCAAGGCGUUGGUCAUGGCCAUGACAUGGUGCCGCUACAAGGAGAGCAGCUGA